AUAUUUCUCCUCCCUGGCUUGACAAUCUCAGGCACUCAAGUCACUCAUCCCUCCAUCUUCUUUCUAGGAAGUGAUAUCAACCACCGGCCAAGAUGUCAGAUAAAAAGAUGUCAUCGAGCCGCAAGCAACAUCUGAAGAGCUUGAUGCUCCAGAUUGCCCAGGGGCUCAUAGAGGCUGAGGCCAUCCAGGCAGAGGAGGAGAAGAACAGGUACAUGGAUGAGAAUGUCCCCUCCCUCUCCAUCCCUGGACACAUGCAGGAACUCCAGAUUGAGGACCUGAAGAUAAAAGUACAGGACCUGAAGGGCAAGUUCAAGAAGCCCGUCCUGAAGAAAGUGCUGAUGCUAUGCUCCAGGCUCUGCUGGGCUCCAAACACAAGGUGUCCAUGGAUCUGAGGGCCAACCUGAAACAAGUCAAGAAGGAGGUCAAGGAGGAGGUGAAAGAUACAGCUGACUGGCGUAAGAACAUUGAGGACAAGGCUGGCAUGGAUGGCAGAAAGAAGAUGUUUGAGUCUGACCCUUAAACAAGUCCCCCAAUGUCUGUAUUUGUGUUCGUAUGUCUCAUCGACUGAUAACAUCCUCCAUUUUUAAUCUAAAGGGCAGCUCACUUAAAAA